AUGGAAUAUCAUAGUUAUUCUGUGGUAAAUUGUGGAUUAUCAAACAUAGUAAUUAUGAACCAAUGCUUAAACUACUAUUUUAAUGGUUUAACUUCAAAAACUUUUGAGCUUCCAUUACAUGAUUUAAUCAACCUGUCAUUUAAACUUUGGAUUAAAUCCUCUUAUUAAUAUAAAUUCUAUUUAUAUGUUGAUAACAACCUUUAACUACUUAUCUUAACUUCCCAACUCAGUCUUACAAACAAUUGUCCACCAUAUGGAUCAUAUUAAAUAUCACAAAAUAUUGUUCACUCAAGUUCUUCGGUUUAAAUUACUAUGGUCUCUAAUGAGAAUUAUUGGGGAUUUUCUGAAUUUAAUUUAAAUGUGGAAAAUACUACUCAAAAUCUUUGGGAAUUAGUUUAUUAAUCGUUUAAUAAACAAGUUUUCUCCUCCAUAUCUUUAGAUGAUGGAUGGAUGACUAACAACAUAAUUUCCUAAUAAAUAUCAUCGUGUACAGAUUUCAAUUAUUUAAAAUCAUAAGGGGAUAAUCUUAUCAAAGAUUUUGCUUUGAAGCAUCAUAGUAUGAUUAGUUUUAACUUGAAAGUUUUGAUAUUCAAUUAUCCUACAUCAACAGCAAAAAUAAAAAUUGAUAACGAAUUGGUAGCAACUUAAUCUUCAAAUUCAUAAGUACUAUCUUCAAUGAUAAUAUGCUAAAACUUCACCGUCAUAUAAGUUGAAAUAUCAAAUUUUGAACAUAAAAGUGAAAAUCUUAGAAUAGAGGUAUUAACUUAAACAGAUGGCUCUACUUCUUGGUUUGGAAUCAGAGAUUUUUCAUUAUUUACUGAUAUAUAUGAAGUUUAUUAAUGUAAAGACUUUAACAUUUAGCCAUUUGAUGGGUGUUUCUCUAAUCAAUACGAUUGUAAUUUGGGUUGUAGUAAUUGCAUAAAUGGGAUCUGUAUCAACUGUUUAGAUGGCUGGUAUUUACACACAAAAAACACUUGUAUCCCUUUUUGUGGUGAUAAUAUGUUAAUGUUAAAUGAGAUUUGUGAUGAUGGUAAUUCUAUUCCAUAUGAUGGUUGCCAUAAUUGUUAAUUUUCUUGUCCAUUAAAUUGCAUUCUUUGUGUAUUUGGAACUUGUAAAGAGUGUGAAUAAUCCUAUUUUUUUAUAGAAAAUAGGUGUAUAUCUAGCAUUGAUUAUUUUGAAAAUAAGGGUUAUUAAUACUAACCGACUUCUCAAUAAUAGUCAAUACUAUAAAAAUCUAACUAGUAAUAUCUAGUUAAAAAAAAUUAUUAUGGAUUAAAUAUAAUUUCAAGUUUUUUGAAUUUUUAUUUCUCUGACUAUUUAAUUACUCGAUACUAUUACUAGGAUAGAUAAACUGAAUGUGAAGAAGAUUCUAAAUUUUCACCAAACAAAAGGUAAUGUGUUUAAACUUGUAAUUGUUAAGAUUUAGUUAGCUAGUAAACUAAUGAUUGUUAUAUUUGUAUAUAAAACUGCUAAUUAGAAUGUUUAAUAUGUCUUUAAGAUAAAUGCUAUGCUUGUUUUGAGGGAUGGUAGCUGGUUGAUAAUAAGUGUUAGCAAAUUUGUGGAGAUAAUUAAAUAGCAUUAACUUCGAAUGAAUAAUGUGAUGAUGGUUAAUCAGAUUAUUGA